UUUAUAUAUUUUAUAUAUAUUUAUUUAUUCGUUAAAGAAUAAAUCGGAACGUUGUUAACUACAUGCAAUCGACCACUUAAAAUUUGCGUUCUUCGAGACAUAAUUUCUUUUACGUAACUUGAGAAAAGAGAGGCGAAACGUAAUCCUCUUCGACGGUGAUCUUCCCGAAAUAAGACAUCUGUCGCGCACAGAGCGUCAGACCCAUCGUCAGCCGGCACUCUGUCAGAAACAGAUCUCGAGGCGAAGAAUGGUCCUAUAUAAAAGCGCAGCAUUCUCGGAUCACAAACGCAAAUCGCAUUCGCGAGCUACGUCGAGUGUAUUCACUUGCACGAUCGACAUUCGUUGCAGAAAUCAGUAUUUGUAAUAGUGUAAGUAAUAUGUAUGUGUGUACACACACACACACAUACACACAUACGACGAUCAUGCGAUGUCAAAUAAUCUAAAAACACUUGUUACUUCUUAUAAUAACGAAGGUUCCUUGCUGUCAUCCUCCCGAUUACGCCGCUAGAAUUAUUGACCGUUCUCUCCCCUUGUCUCUCCGCCGGAUAUCAGAAAACAAUCGUAAAAUACCGGAUUCACCAUAGAAUCGAUCGAAACGACUACAUAUUAUAAUAAUUUAAUAAUCAUCACAUUUUUUAUGUUUUCUUCGAGCAGCGUUCACUAACGAUGGCCAACUACGCAAGGUACGUCGUCGCUAUCGUCGUCGUCAUCGUCGGCGUCGUUUGUGGACAGACGUUCAACCCGUUGGAGGAUACCGACAGGAACAUUUUGGGCUUGAAUCUCCCGUAUGGCAGGGGACUGGAUAGUGAACUGCAACUGGCGAGAUUGCUGUUGGUAACUCCGCGGAUGUGCCACUCCAAACGCAAUUCCGAGCUUAUAAACUCGCUGCUGGGUCUACCGAAAAAUAUGCAUAACGCCGGCAAAUGAAAAUGUAAUUCCGUUCUUGAUCGUACAAGAUAUUUAUGGUACCUUGCAACUAUCUGCUGUAGAGUAGAGAAAAUUAGAAAUAGAGUAUGUAGAAAAGCAUGUCAAACAGGAAACUUUCAAUGAUCUAUCUAUCCAUAAAUGCCGAUCAUGUAUAACAUGAAUUAAUAACAUUAAAGAUAAAAACU